AGAACCUGGGACCAGGGGACCAGAUAGCCACAGGGCUCCACAGGCCACAGAUGGCGACGCCCAGGGGGCUGGGGACCCUGUUCCUUCUGCUGCUGGCCUCAGGUGAGGGGAAAUCCCUCGAAAUGCCCAGAGAUGUCUGCCUGCUCUCCGGCGGGUACCAGUAUGACGACCCCUACUACGUGACAGACAUUGCAAACUGCUUCGCCAAGUGCAGGCAGCAGGGAAACCACUCCUGCAACGUCGGACGCUUGCAGAGGUACUGGCUAGCCUAUGAGCGCUACCUGGCAGAGAGGAAUUCCUCAGACAGUGUAGAUUUGCCUUAUGUGAAGGUUUUGGUUCAGAACGUCAGCCCCAACAUCACAGAAGACCUGCUCUUCUCUCUGCAGCCCCCUCAGAUUUCAAGCCAGGUGGGGAAGGAUAAGGACAAGCCUCCCGUCAGAGUCCGACUUCCCAAGAGCCUUUUCGCGGCCCAGCCACACAACAGGUCUGAAGUCCGGUUAGUCUUAACUGUUCUGGACAUCAGUGCGGGGAAUGUCUUCAAGGGCCCCCGGCUCCUCCUGAACGAUGACAGCAGCAUAGUGAACAACCACGUGGUGGGCUUGAGUGUGGGCCAAACACCCAUCACUGGGCUGUCAGAGCCUCUGGAGAUCUCCUUCUCCCACCAGCGUCAGCCCCCUAACAUGAUCCUCACCUGUGUAUUCUGGGAUGUGACUAAAGGAGACUGGGCUUCUGAGGGCUGCUCCACCAAGCUCUGGACCAAGGGGACCAUCUGCCACUGUGACCACCUGACCUUCUUUGCCCUGCUGCUGAGGCCAGUCUUGGACCUGGCUACUGUGCAGGUCCUCACGCACAUCUCCCAGGCGGGUUGUGGAGUCUCCAUGAUCUUCCUGGCCUUCACCAUGACUCUCUAUGUUUUCCUGAGGCUGUCCUUGCAGAGGUUCAAGUCGGAAGAUGCACCCAAGAUCCACAUGUCUCUGAGCGGCAGCCUGUUCUUCCUGAACCUGCUCUUCUUGAUCAAUGUGGGGAGUGGUUCCAAGGGGCCCACUGCUUCCUGCUGGACCCGGGCCACAGCCUUCCACUACUUCCUUCUCUGUACCUUCACCUGGAUGGGCCUGGAAGCCUUCCACCUCUACCUGCUCACCAUCCGGGUCUUCAACACCUACUUCCGGCACUACUUCCUGAAGCUCAGCCUUCUGGGAUGGGGCCUGCCUGCCCUCAUGGUCAUUGGCACUGGGAGUGCCAACAGCUAUGGCCUUUACACCAUCCGUGACCAGGAGAACCGCACGUCGCUGGAGUUGUGCUGGUUCCAGAAAGAACCUGCCCUUUACGUCACUGUCCAUGGCUACUUCCUCAUCACCUUCCUCUUUGGAGCCGUGGUGUUGAUCAUAGUGACCUGGAAGGUCUUCACUUUGUCCAGUGUCACAGCAGGCAAGGAGCGACGGCAGAACUGGAAGUCAGUCCUCACCGUGCUGGGCCUCUCAAGCCUGGUGGGAGUGACCUGGGGGCUAGCCAUUCUCACGCCCCUGGGUCUGUCCACAGUCUAUAUCUUCACCCUCUUCAACUCCCUGCAAGGUGUCUUCAUCUUCUGCUGGUUCACCAUCCUGUACUUCCCACGUCAGAGCACUGAGUCCUCAUCCUCUGGCACUGCCCGCCUGGACCAGGCCCACUUGGCACUUCAUGAAUAGGAGGCAGCAGCCCUGACCUCUCAGCUCUGGUUGCUAUGUGACCUUGGGCAGCUCCCUGUCUCCCUCUGUGCCUCAGUUGCCUUCUCUAUACAAUGAAACUGGGGAGGGAGAAGAUGGGGACCAGGCUGGACCAUAUGGCUUCAAAGGUCCCAGCCAGAUUAUGCCUUUGGGUCCAAGAGGCCACAAAUACAGGUUUGUAGGAAGUUAAAGUUCCUGUAAUUCUGGACCAGCAAAGAGCAUCACCUUCAUCCCAUCCUGCUCUCUUCGUUCUCUGCCAUCAGCCACCUCUGGUCUCAGCAAGGACCUGAGCACAAAGAGGGGGGUCUUUUUAGCAUAACUUUUUGGCACAACUCCUUGAAGGAUUCCCCCAGUCUCUCUCCCUCCUACCCCAGCACUGACCCUCACAACCCCAUCCUCUGGCCACCUGUCCCCCUGUGGGAUAUUCAGGAGACCAUUGUCCCCUGAGUCACUGAGAGUAUUGUGGUCUGAAGGUUCGCUUUGGGAAUGGGUUGAUCUCCCAUUUAGUCUGCCCUGAUCCUUGUCUGUCCCACCAGCACCUAUCCUCACAGAAGGGACCCACUAUUCAGGAGCUGCCAGCCCUCCAGGUGCCUGGGGACACUGAAUUUCAGAGAAUGUGUGUGCUACCUGGAUCAGGGCCCCCUCUUCCCACCUGACUACCAGGUGGGUGGCCCAACCUCUGAUCUGCUGUCAUUGUAGGGGCAGAAGCAGGAGCCCAGGGCUCCACACAACUGUUUGUUCAGUGUGGGGACCAGGUAGCGAAUGGAGGAUGGGUGAGCACACCCUAAAAUCUGAACCCCGACAAGAAGGGCCUGGACAGCCUCCCUCACAUUUCAGCCCAGCCCAGCACAGGGCCU